AUGGAUAACGCCAUGUCCAAGCCAGAUGUCAUGCACCACGAGACCGCCGAGGCGCAGAAAGGCGACAACCCGGUGGACAGCAGUGGUAUUGAGCGUGUCCACAUGACGGAGGAAGACAGCAAGCGCAUUUGUCGGAAGACUGAUCGAACUAUUCUCAUUGUUCUUGCCUGGGUCUACUUCUUACAGAUUCUCGACAAGACGGUCCUGGGAUAUGGUGCGACUUUCGGUUUACAGAAGGAUACAAACUUGACCGGCAACCAAUACUCUCUGGUUGGAUCCAUUGGUCCCAUUGCACAGCUGGCCUGGCAACCCUUCUCUUCAUAUCUCAUUGUCAAAGUCCCUCAUAAGAUUUUGAUGCCAUGCCUGUGUCUUGGAUGGGGUAUUGCGCAAACAUGUAUGGCUGCGUGUCACAACUUCAAUGAGCUUAUGGCCGCUCGCUUUUUCCUUGGUCUGUUCGAGGCUGGAUGCUUGCCUCUGUUUGGUGUGAUUACCAGUCAAUGGUAUCGUCGUGCCGAGCAGCCGAUUCGGAUUGCUGCUUGGUACAGUACCAAUGGUCUGGCUACGAUUAUUGCGGCUGCUUUGUCGUACGGACUGGCACAUAUCAAGUCGGAUGUGUUGAAGUCAUGGCAGAUUAUCUUCCUAGUGGUCGGCCUCAUCACAUGUCUUUCCGCCCCGGUCGUCUACUGGCGCCUCGAUAACGAUGUCGCAACUGCUCGAUUCCUCAACGAAAAGGAAAAAGCCCAGGGAGUGGAACGUCUCAGGGCCAACCAGACGGGAGCAGGAAACACCGAGUUCAAGAUGGCUCACGUCUACGAAGCCUGCCUCGAGCCUAAAACCUACCUAUGGAUUGCCAUGGCCUUGCUCCUCAACAUUGGUGCCAGCGUGACCAACAUUUUCGGACCUCUCAUUCUAAGUGGUCUAGGCUACGACAAAUACAGAACGACCCUUCUCACAAUGCCCUUCGGCGCCCUGCAAUUUCUGAUCAUUCUGCUGGCAAGUUACCUCGCUCAGACAGCCCGCGUGAAGAGUGCCAUCCUCGCUGGCUUCAUGCUUCCAGUGAUUGCCGGCCUCGCCAUCUUGUUUGCACUCCCCAGAACCAAAGCCGUGCAGAGCGAGUUGUUGGCCGGUUACUACCUGCUUUCAUUCCUAUUCGGUGGCAACCCCUUAAUCGUCACAUGGAUUAUCGGCAACACAGCAGGCACAACCAAGAAGUCUGUCAUCAUGAGUCUGUACAAUGCCGCCAGUUCCGCUGGAAACAUCAUUGGUCCUUUGCUGUUUAACGAGAAGGACAAGCCCGCUUAUACACCCGGUCUGCGUGCAUGCCUGGGAAUUUUCACUGCCCUUGCUGCCGUGGUCCUUAUCCAGUGGGCUAACCUGUGGUUCCUUAACAAACAACAAGCAAGCCGCCGUGUCCGAAAUGGCAAGAGGGCUGAGAUUGUGGACCAUUCCAUGCAAAACCACUAUCAUGGCAUGGAUGAAGGCAACCAGGAAGAUGCGGGACAGGAGACCGUUCAGGUUGGAGACAACGCCUUCCAGGAUCUGACUGACCGUCAGAAUGACGAAUUUGUAUAUAUCUAUUAA